AUGUCCAAGGCUCCCGAAAUGAAACCACAAAUCAAAAUAGGCCACUAUAUUCUGAAGGAUACACUUGGAGUGGGCACUUUUGGUAAAGUAAAAGGGUAUAAGGUCGCGGUGAAAAUACUCAAUCGUCAAAAGAUCAAAACUCUUGAUGUAACGCAAUACGAACCUUCUCUGUUCCGGUCACCCUCUAUAAUUCGACUGUAUCAGGUGAUCAGCACUCCUACUGAUAUAUUCAUGAUAAUGGAAUAUGUAUCGGGUGGCGAACUCUUUGACUAUAUCGUCAAACAUGGCCGUCUGAAAACGCCGGAAGCUCGCCGAUUUUUUCAACAAAUUAUAUCAGGAGUGGAUUAUUGUCAUAGACACAUGGUCGUUCAUAGAGAUCUGAAACCCGAAAAUCUCCUUUUGGAUGAGCACAAUAAUGUAAAAAUAGCAGAUUUUGGUUUAUCCAACAUAAUGACGGAUGGUGAUUUUCUUCGUACUAGCUGUGGAUCGCCAAACUAUGCUGCUCCCGAAGUAAUAAGUGGCAAGCUUUAUGCUGGGCCGGAGGUGGACGUAUGGUCUUGUGGCGUCAUUCUUUACGCCCUUCUGUGCGGCACUCUUCCUUUCGACGAUGAACAUGUUCCUACACUGUUCAGAAAAAUAAAAUCUGGAGUUUUCCCUAUACCGGAGUACUUGGAUAAGCCCCUGGUAAAUUUGCUUCUGCACAUGCUAAUGGUUGACCCUAUGAAGAGGGCCACCAUUAAAGAUGUGAUCGCUCAUGAAUGGUUCCAAAAAGAUCUGCCUGCUUAUCUGUUCCCACCAGUAAACGAAUCUGAAGCCUCUAUAGUGGACAUCGAGGCAGUACGUGAAGUUACUGAGCGCUACAACGUACCCGAAGAGGAGGUCACUGCAGCUCUACUCGGGGAUGAUCCCCAUCAUCAUCUUUCAAUAGCAUACAACCUUAUUGUUGACAACAAAAGGAUAGCUGACGAAACGGCGAAAUUGACUAUCGAAGAGUUCUAUCAGGUAGCACCAAACAAGCAUCACCAUUCUGACCAGCAUCGCCAUCCUGAACGUAUAGCAGCUGCUGUAAGCAACAAAAUUACUCCUACACUUGAAAAUGCCGGUGGAGUUGACGUAUCAUUUGCUAAUGCAACUCCUAUGCAAGCAACUGGUUACAAAUCUGGUGUGAAACGGGCGAAAUGGCAUCUUGGAAUCAGAUCGCAAAGUCGGCCUGAGGAUAUCAUGUAUGAAGUGUUCCGAGCAAUGAAAAGUUUGGAUAUGGAGUGGAAAGUGCUUAAUCCGUACCACGUGAUUGCACGAAAGAAGCCUGAUAAUCCAAUUUCUGACCCUCCAAAAAUGUCCCUGCAACUAUACCAAGUAGACCAGCGUAGUUAUUUGUUGGAUUUCAAAAGUCUGGUCGAUGAUGAAAGUACUCCUGGAAGUGCUUGUUCCUCUCGUCAUGCGUCAGUAUCAAUGCCUUCAAAACCACCAGCGAUGCGAGGUUUACGUGCUCAAAGUAUGACAAUGGAUGUGAGUCGGUUGGAAUAUCUGAUUUUGGAGGUCUCAUUCGUCGGUGUGGGAUAUUAG